AUGGUGGAACUCACGAAUGAGGGAUCGUCUGCUGGAAUUAAUACGGGAUCGUCUACUGGAAUUGAUACAAACAGUCACCUCUACAUUCAUCCAUCUGAUAGUCCUGGUGUGGUACUUGUACCUGUCCCUUUCGAUGGAACUGGUUUUCAUUCCUGGCGAAGAAGUGUCCUCAGAUCUUUGUCCGUGAAAAACAAAUUGAUUUUCAUCAAUGGUGAAUGCAAACACCCACCUAAAACUGAUCCAACUUAUCGCCAAUGGGUGAGAUGCGACGAUAUGGUCACGUCGUUGAUUGUUAAUUCAUUGGGUAGAGAAGUUGCGGAUAGUGUCGAAUAUGUGGGUGAUGCUUUGGAAUUAUGGACAGAGCUAGAAGAUCGCUACGAUCAGACGAAUGGAGCACAACUGUACCAAACUCAGAAAGUGAUCAACGAUCUUAGUCAAGCUAAAACUAAUCUUCAAAAGGUAGAGCAGGAUAGGCGCCUAAUUCAGUUUCUUAUGGGGUUAAAUGAAGUCUAUACCAUAAUCAGGGGUAGUAUUUUAAUGAUGAACCCAUUGCCUUCUAUGGAACAAGCCUUUGCAUUGUUGGUUCAAGAAGAAAAACAAAGAGAGUUCAAGCCAAAUAAUCAAUUGUUUGUUGAAGGAAGUUCAUUACUUGCUGGGUCCUCAAGUUCCUCAAAUUCAUCAGGAGGAAGGAAUUUUACAACAAACUACUCUUCUUCCAACAUCACCAGCAAUGCACCUAGGAGUAGACCUUACUGUGAUUAUUGCAGAAGGCCAGGUCAUACCAGGGUUAAGUGUUACAAGUUACAUGGAUAUCCUCCUGGUCUAAUUACUAACAAUCCCAGACCUACUAAUCAUGAUCCACAACACCAAAACCAAAUAUACAACAACCAGAACUCAAGUCAUAGGAACAACAAGGGUAAGGGUAUAGAAGCUAAUUCUGUCAGUUUGUCUUGUGAUAUCCCUGGAAAUCAGGAUGGAUCCUCAGAGUCUCAUUUCAAUGACCAAGGAAACAACAACAUCAACCUCACCAGAGAGCACCCCAUGGAGGAUCAAAAUGCUAUGCACAUGACAAGUGGAGCUGUGAACUUUGCAGGUACUCUUACUUGUUCUACUUCCAUUGACUUUGACAAACUUUCUUGUGAAUGCUUCAAAACAAGAAUUGAUCUAUGGAUAUUAGACUCAGGUGCCUCUCACCAUAUGACUUUUGACAGAAAUCUCCUUGUGAACCUGAUAACCUUACCUUAUCCUCUCUUGGUCAGACUACCUAAUGGAUAUAGAGUUAAGAUUACAGAGAUAGGUAGUGUGUGUCUAACUUCCGAGAUCACUUUGUACAAAGCCCCUUCACUGAAGAGGCCUCUGGAGAUUGGUAAAGCACAUGAUGGCCUAUACUUCCUUUGCUCAGAUUGCUUGCAACAGAACAAUUCUAGUCAUCCAAAACAACAACAUGUUUCUUGCUCAUCUGAUUACUCCUAUUACCACCAUCCCUCCACACCUGUAAAAAGUGAUCCAGGUCCUGUAAACAGCACUAAUCAACCUCUGUCACCAACACUUUCUACUCCAACUACUUCUCCAAUUGGUCCUUCUAAUCCCACCAUGUCAUCCACUCUACCUCAUACUUCCAUACCUAUUUGCCACCCUGCAAGACCUGCCCUUAGAAGGUCUCAUAGGAUACAUAGAGUACCUCCUUACUUGUCUGAUUAUGUCCAUAGAACACCUCCAGAUAUUUCCUCCCAACCUCCUACAUCCCUCAAUGCUCAUUUUUCCCUUAACCACCACAUAUCACCUGCUGCUCUAAAUCCUAAAAGUUAG